AUGGCAGACCCAGGCACAGAGGCAGCGGAACACGACCUGGCGCCGCUGAGCAAUCAGGUGGCGGGACAUCCGGACGGAGUGCAGAGCUUGCAAGGUGGACGGUUGGUGGUCAAAGCCUGCUUACCCCGCGAGCUUGCCUUCUACAAUGAAGUCGAGCAUGCAGCUGAGGGAAAAGCAGGCCUAGAAAAUCGUCAGGUGGAGCUACUGCGUAGAUUGUUGAAGGUGAUGCCGGAAUGCCAUGGCAGCUGGAAGGAGUACACUGGAAGCCUAUCCGAGACCGAGACGACCGGUGAUGACGAAGCAGCUCCUCGCAUUGUGUUGGAGAAUCUGACAUACGGCUACGGCAAGCCCAAUGUAUGCGACAUCAAGCUGGGAACGCAGCUGUGGGACGAAGAUGCAAGCGAAGAGAAGCGGCAGAGGAUGGACAAGGUAGCUGCGAACACGACGAGCGGUUCGCACGGUAUUCGACUCACAGGUUGGCAGACGUACGAUGCGAAGACGGACACUUUCCACAGCGUACCAAAGACAUUUGGAAAGACAAUCACACCGGAACACUUGCAGGUAGGAAUGCGCAUGCUUCUCGCGUGUCCCGAACCAAGGGACGCUCAACGAGCUGACUCGGUCUUGGCAGGGACCAGCAUUUCGGAAGAUGGAUCGCAACAGCGUCUUGUAACCUUGCCGGCCGAGCUCGUAGAGAGGCUGCUUGGCAACCACUUGAUCAAGGAUCUCGAAGAGCUGCAUGCCAUCUUCUCAGAAGUGGAAGUACGAAUGCGAGGCGCUUCAUUGCUGCUCGUGUACGAAGGCGAUCCCCGUCGACUCGGACCAACACUCGAUCAAGAUGGCGCAGAGGGUCGUCAACCAGGCCAACCUCAGGUGCGCUUGAUUGAUUUCGGCCAUGCGACACUUGUGCCUGGUCAAGGGCCGGAUCAAGGCGUUUUGCUCGGAGUCGGCACAACUUUGGAGCUGGCAAGAAAGACGCUCGAAAAUCUAGAGCAAAGGCGUAAGCAACAGCCGCAGUAG